AUGCCACUUCGAAUUUUUUGGAAUCGUCGUCGAAUGCGUUGGUCAUUGGGUGCUGAUGAUAUUGUAUUUACAGUGAGAAAGCAUCAACUUUUUUUCAGUUUGGGUAAAACAAUACCAGUGACACGAGGCGACGGUGUGUAUCAACGACCUAUGGAUUUUGCCCUCGAACAAGUUAACCAAGGUGGAUGGAUACAUAUCUUUCCUGAAGGAAAAGUUAAUUUAACAAAGGAGCCCAUGCGACUUAAGUGGGGUGUGGGCCGACUUAUUGCUGAAGCUAAUAUUUGUCCACUGGUUAUUCCAUUUUAUCAUCUAGGUAAGAAUAUUCUCAAGAUAUUAUGCAAUCGUAGACGUAUUCUAUUAUCAGGAAUGGAUUCAGUAUUGCCCAAUGAAGAGCCUUAUUUUCUUCAAAGGGGAAAAAAAGUGAGCAUUUUUGUUGGUGAACCAUUAAUCUUCGAUGAGCUUGUAAAACAAAUGAAAAAAGAAAACCGAUCAUUGCUAGAAAUACGUAAAGCAGUAACUGAUAUAAUUCAAAAUGAAAUAUAUAAACUUAAAAUAAAAUGUGAAGAACUUCAUCGACAACAUCUAGCCAGCGACGCUUCUUCGUCAAAGGCAUAA